AGCUCCUCCUAUAAAUCAAAGCUAGCUUUCCGAAGAACAUCUCAUCUCCCAAGCUAACGUGGUCUCCAUACCCUCUUUAUUCUCUAGCUUUCAAAGAAAUUAAAGAAUGGGGAUUGAGAAAGCCAAGGCACUCUUGCAGGAUCUAAUAGAUAAGUCCGGUGGUUGCGCCGUUGUGGACGGCGGCUUCGCCACCCAGCUCGAACGUCACGGCGCCUCCAUUAACGACCCUCUUUGGAGCGCUCUUUGCCUCAUCAAAGAUCCUCAUCUCAUCAAACGGGUGCAUUUGGAGUAUUUGGAAGCUGGGGCAGAUGUAUUAGUGACUUCAUCUUAUCAGGCCACUCUUCCUGGAUUCUUGUCUAGGGGGUUUUCGUUAGCAGAAGCCGAGUCACUAUUAAAGAAUAGUGUUCAACUGGCUAUAGAAGCCCGGGAUAAGUUUUGGGAUUCUGUGAAAAGAAAUGGGAAGCAGAGAUAUAACAGGGCUCUUGUUGCAGCCUCUAUUGGAAGCUAUGGAGCUUAUCUUGCUGACGGUUCAGAGUACAGUGGGAAAUAUGGACCUGAUGUAAGUCUUGACAAAUUGAAGGAUUUCCAUCGUCGGAGACUGCAAGUCCUUGUGGGAGCAGGGCCAGAUUUGUUAGCAUUUGAGACCAUCCCAAACAAACUAGAAGCCCAGGCUUGUGUGGAGUUGCUGGAGGAAGAAAAUGUUGAGAUUCCAUCUUGGAUCUGUUUCAGCUGUGUGGAUGGUGAGAAUGCACCGUCUGGGGAAAGUUUUGAGGACUGUCUCAACAUAAUUAACAAGAGUCACAGAGUUGGUGCAGUCGGCUUAAACUGUGCCCCUCCUCAAUUUGUUUUGAGUCUCAUCCAAAAAUUUAAGCAGAUGACUGGGAAGGCAAUAGUUGUUUAUCCAAACAGUGGUGAGAUAUGGGACGGCAUAGCAAAACAAUGGCUGCAUUCAAAAUGUUUUGAUGAUGACAAGUUUGAGUUAUUUGCCCCUUUAUGGCGAGAAGCAGGAGCUAAUUUGAUAGGUGGAUGUUGUCGUACCACACCAUCUACCAUUCAAGCUAUUUCAAGAGUCCUCAAACAAAGAAUGAUUCAAUAUUAACAACUUUCUCUUAUAAGAUUGCACCUUUUGUUGAGACAGAAAGUUACGUUGUAGCAACGAGUCUUGUAUUACUUUAAUUCAUUAAAAGUGAUGAGUAAUUAUCUCAAUGCUAGUUUGAGGCAAGGAGCGGAGAUGCACUGUACUACUUAAUUAGCUAGCUUGUUCAUUUUGCUUUUUGAGAUCAGAUCAGAGGCAACGUAACUUUCAUCAUUUCAAAAAGCUACGACUAUUCAUUAUUCAACGUAA